ACCUCUUUCUUCGUCAAAGCCUAAAAUGCAACCCAAAUGAACUCCAAAUAAAAAUUCGAAACACAAAUGCAACCCACUCAUUAACCUUAUCUAUCACUCUCUCUCUUCUCCCUCUUUCUCUAAACAGCAUCUCCAUUUCCAACUUCCACUCCUUCCUCCGCCGCCAAACACUUCACUUCUUCCCCUGAUCAGCCCAUGGAAUGACAGAGUACCCUUUGCCACCCUCCAUGAAUCUCUGGUCUGACGACAACUCCUCCGUCAUGGAGGCCUUUAUGAGCUCCUCCUCCGACCUCUCCUCUCUCUGGCCACACCCCGCCGUCUCCGCCACCGCCACCGCUCCAGGACCCGAUGCUCAACCGAUGCUCAACCCGGAAACCCUCCAGCAGCGUCUUCUGGCGCUGAUCGAGGGCGCCAAGGAGAGCUGGACGUACGCUAUCUUCUGGCAGCCGUCGUACGACUACUCCUCCGGUGCCCCUCUUCUUGGAUGGGGUGACGGUUACUACAAGGGAGAGGAGGACAAAGAUAAGGCGAAAUCCACCAAAACGGCGUCGUCCUCCUCCGCCGAACAGGACCACCGCAAGAAGGUCCUCCGUGAACUCAAUUCGUUAAUCUCCGGCAACACCGCCUCCCCCGACGUCGCCGUUGACGAAGAGGUCACCGACACUGAGUGGUUCUUCCUUGUGUCGAUGACGCAGUCUUUCGUCAACGGCAGCGGCCUCCCUGGUCAGGCGUACUUCAAUUCCAACGCCGUCUGGGUUUCCGGCUCCGACCGACUCUCCGGUUCUGCCUGUGAGCGGGCCCGCCAGGGCCACCUCUUCGGGCUCCGGACUAUGGUUUGCAUACCGACACCGUGUGCCAACGGCGUCGUAGAGCUUGCAUCCACGGAGGUGAUUCCUCACAGCCCUGAUCUGAUGAACAAGGUGCGGAUUCUGUUCAACUUCAACAAUAACAACCUCCACAGUAACAACCUCGAUGCGGCGGGUUCGUGGCCGGUAAAUUCUGUUACGGCGGGGCACGGCGAGAACGACUCUUCUUCUCUCUGGCUCAACGAUCCAUCCUCUAGCGGGAUUGAAAUCAGGGAUUCCGUUACGGUUGCGCCCGCGGCGGCGAAUAACAACGCAACCGUAACAAUUGGCAAGAGCUUGCAGUUCCAAAAUUCUUCCAGUGCCCUAACGGAAACCCCAAGUUCCGUUCAUGUUCACACUCCGAAUGGAUUUUUGCCGAGGGAGCUUAACUUUUCUAGUUCAAUGAAGCCGGAAUCUGGCGAGAUUCUGAGCUUCGGGGAGAGCAAGAAGAACUCUUGUACUGGUAAUGGCAAUUUCUUUUCCGGACAGUCGCAAUCGGGCGCGGUCGCCGGAGCAGAGAACAAGAGGAGGUCUCCUGGUGCCAGGAGCAGCGUUGACAAUGGAAUGCUCUCAUUCACUUCCGGUGCGAUUUUACCGGACUCGAAUGUGAAAUCUGGUGUUAGCCGUGGCGGUUGUGGUGGUGGUGAUUCGGAUCAUUCAGAUAUUGAAGCUUCUGUUGUAAAGGAGGCUGACAGUAGUAGACUGGUGGAACCGGAGAAGAAGCCGCGGAAAAGAGGGCGGAAGCCAGCGAAUGGCAGAGAGGAGCCGCUGAACCACGUUGAAGCGGAGAGGCAGAGGAGGGAGAAGCUGAACCAGAGGUUCUAUGCUCUUCGCGCUGUGGUUCCUAAUGUAUCGAAGAUGGACAAGGCGUCGCUUCUUGGCGAUGCCAUAGCUUUCAUUGAGGAGCUGAAUGCGAAGGUUAAAGGGGCAGAAUCAGAGAAAGCUGAAUUGGAGAAGCAAUUGGAAUCAGCUAAGAAGGAGCUCGAGGCGGUGAGUAAGAAUCCGCCUCCGCCUGAUAAAGAGGCCGAUUCAAAUUCGACGUCCUGCAAGCUGAUUGAUUUGGUCAUAGACGUGAAGAUCAUGGGUUGGGAUGCGAUGAUUAGGAUCGAAUGCAAGAAGAAGAACCACCCGGCCGUGAGGCUGAUGGCAGCAUUGAAGGAGCUGGACCUGGACUUGCAGCAUGCCAGUGUGACGGUUGUGAACGAUUUGAUGAUCCAACAGGCGACGGUGAACAUGGGAAGCCGGUUUUACACACAGGAGGAGCUGUUGUUAGCGCUCUCCUCCAAAGUUGGGGAUCCACGGUAGAUACAGACAUUGCUCUACAUGCUGCAUUGGGAUGGAAUCACAUACAUGGUGUAGGUCUCUGGGGAAUUUUAUGGCUUCCCGGUAGCUAUUCUGUACAAUUCAAUAGUCUUUUUUGGUAGCUAGCUUAGUUUAAGUUCUUGAUAUGGGAAGCUGAAGAGAUGAAUGAGAGGUUGCUGCGAGGAAAGAUAGGUAGCAGCUCUCUGAUGAUGUCGAAAUCAAUGGACUAUUUUUGUGUUAAUAUUAUCUAUCGAGGUUGUAUAUAUGUUUAUGAUCAAUUAUCAUAAAUGUGAACUGAACUUCACUGAACUUUCAUGAA